UGCAGUCCUUCAAGUCGGCCAGUGCCUUACAAGCCUUUCACUCGUCAACACAUCCACAACUUUUCACAAUCUCGACUACCUUGUCUGAAAAGACUCUUUCAUCUGCAAAGCUGGAGAAUUUUUUUACAAGUCUUUUAAGGAAAAUGGCUCAAACUCAAGGAGUGCAUUACAAGUCGGUUAACUGGGGCAAGGACCGACCUGCCGAGGGACAAUUUCGUUCCGAAGAUGUCAAGUUGGCCUUUGAGACAUCGGGCGAGAAAAUCGACCGUUAUUUUACCUUGAGGAGAACCAACGCGAACGGAGACUAUUGCUGGAUCGAGGUCUCCUUCCACAAGGACAUCGUGUACGGAGAGUCCAAAAUUUUGGACGACUUUAUCGACUCCUGGAACGGAAACUUGUUCGAGCGUCCGGAGCUGGACAAUCUGAAUGAACUCCAUUUUCGAAGGAUGCUCGGGGUUUUCUACGGCUACGACAUGAACUACAUUGAGGACGAGCAGGAGCUCGAAGAACUGUACAGGAUCGCGAAUCUUUUCAAGGCGCAAUCCGUGGAGGAAUUUUGUUGCGAAAAAUUGGCCAAGUUUCCGGGCAGGAAUGCUCCCGGGGCGUCGUCUUCUUCCGAGGGGUCCGCCAACGACUGGGUGGUUUUGGAAAAUGUUGAGGUCGAAGAGGAGAAUUCAACUCCGGACCCCCCAAAGUUUCCGGAUCAAAUCGUGGAAGUUUCUGCAAACGGCAUUGGGGCUGAAAAUGAUGAGGUGCGAGUGCCCCAAACUCCAGGAAAAUCUGGAUCUUCGUCCUCCAAAACCACGAUGUCGUCCAUCAAGGCGGAAAUCCUGUCCGACGUGAUCGCCGCGCUCAAACCCGAACUCACCCAAGAACUCGCUGCCGGGAUGAAGGACGAAAUCAAAGAGAUCAUUUUGGAAGAUUUACGCUCCGAAAUUGAAGAUCGGCUCCGUUCCGAUGACGAUCUGAAGGAGCAACUGGUAUCCGAAAUCAUGGAAAUUUUACGCGAAGAGAUCAAACAGGAGCUGAUGAACGACGCCGAUUUGAAGGCCAGGCUUUUCGCUGACAUUCGAAGCGAAAUUAUUCAAGACCACGACUUGACGGAUGACCUGGUUACCGAAUUGAAGGAAGAAUUCGUCCCAGAAUUGAAGGAGGAAAUGCGGGGUGAGAUUUUCGACGAGUUGAAGGACAGGCUGAAAACCAUGCUGCUGGAUGAUGACACCAUGCGGGAUGAACUCGUGGAGGAAAUUCGGUCCGAAAUUUUGGACGAUGCCGAUCUCAAGACUGAAUUGAGUCAGUCGCUGAUGGAGUCGAUUCGGAAUGAAUUUUUGUAAAUUUUUAGGGGUGAAAUGUCUUUUCUUUGGGGGAUUUAUUGGUUUGGGAAAAUUGAGAUUUUUGUUUCUUGAAAAAUUCGUAAUUUUUAUUAAUCUUGUUUAUGUUUUGGACCUACCAUUACAAAAGAAGUUUUUUUAUCAUCUCUUGACCUGAUUAAAUAAUAAUUUUAAUGACAAAUUGUUCUUUUUGGUGCUAAAAAUUGUAACAGAAAAAUUUAGUUGAUUGGAAUUUUUACGUGUAGAAUAAUAUUUACGUACUUUUUGUAUUGGUUUUAAUAAUCUGUAUUCAACUUGUGAAAUUUUAUA